AUGGACAAAAUAGCAAAUCCCAAGGUGUCUACAGCCGCCAAUGAUUUCCGUAGUGAUACAUUCACUACACCAACUCCAGCUAUGCUAGAAGCUAUGAUGAAUGCUACAUUUGGCGAUGAUGUAUACCAAGAAGACAGUACGACGAUGGAGUUCGAAAAUGAAAUUGUAAGAUUAACCGGAAUGGAAGCUGCCCUCUUCACGCUCUCUGGCACCAUGGGGAAUCAAAUCGGGGUUCGGGUUCACCUCGACAAACCCCCGCACUCCGUGCUCUGCGAUUACCGAGCGCAUGUCUAUGCGGAAGAGGGAUCCGGAUUGGCAAUCUUGUCCCAGGCUAUGGUGACGCCGGUCCAUCCUGCCAACGGCAUCUACAUGACCCUUGCCGACGUGAAACGGUGGGUGACUUUGGGUGACGACGUGCACACCGCACCCACAAAAGUCAUCAGCCUCGAAGUUACCAUUGGCGGCGUGCUUACGCCGAUGGAGGAGAUUAGAAAGAUCUCCGAGUUUGCACACGCCAAUGGGAUCAAGGUCCAUUGUGAUGGGGCUCGAUUGUGGAAUGCUUCGGUGGCCACCGGACACUCUCUAGCCGAUUAUUGUCAGUACUUUGACAGUGUUUCAAUGUGCGUUUCUAAGGGACUUGGGGCGCCGAUUGGCGGAGCCCUCGCGAGCACCAAAGCGAAUAUCAAACAUGGGAGAUGGCUGCGGAAGCAGCAGGGUGGGGGGAUUCGACAGGCUGGUGUUCUGACGUCUGCUGCGCUCGUGGCCUUGCGAGAAGUGUGGCCGACCAUGAAAGAAACGCACCUGAAGACGAAAAAAUUGGCGAAGGAUCUGGAGGACUUAGGCGUUGUGCCGCAAAUUCCCGUCGAUACCAAUUUCUACUUCAUCGAUGCAGGGAAGUCGAAGAUUGACAUGGGUGUAUUGCUGCAGCAAUGUCAAAAGUUCAAUGUCAAAUUGAUGGAUGAGCGGAUUGUGAUGCAUCAUCAGAUCAGCGAUGAAGCGAUCGAUAAUCUCAAAAGUGCUAUUGCGUCAGCGGUGAAAAUUACGAAGGCCUUGCCUCCUGGUUAUGUGUCUACAGUGGAAACGGGCGGUUAUGCGAUCAGCGCAAAGAUGAAUGAAUACAACUGA